UGGCGAUCUGAGCAAAUCCCUCAGCGCAGUUUCACCAUCGCAUGUGACACUACACACAAACAACACCGUCAACGACGAGCAGGUUACGACAGCCACACUCCACCUGCCACACCGCCACCUACAGGCGGGUGGAGGGGACAGACAGGAAGUGGGAGCAUGUUUGUUGUGUCGUGGAGGUUUGCUCUGAUUCAUCAGCAACAGUAGUUUAUGAGAGAAACGUACCCACAGAUUUACACAUUACAUCAUCCAGCAGCUUCAGAUCAUGAUCUGAAUGAUAGAGCUUCCUGCAUUGACAUGGACAGUGACAGAGGAGGAAGAGGAGGUAGAGGAGGAAGAGGAAGAAGGAGAAACCGUGGUGCAGAGGACAGAGAUGUCCGCCUGUCCAAAUCCAUGUCUUAUGCUCUUCGCCAUGGAGCCAACCAGAUGGGUCUUCAAAUGGGAGCAGAUGGCUUCUUGUUUGUGGAGGAGCUCUUGGCUCACCCGCAGUUUCGCUCUUACUCAUUGGAAGACAUCGAGAGAGUCGUGGUCACAAAUGACAAGCAGCGCUUCAAGCUCCGUUCACACCCAGAGGAUGGACGCCUGGAGAUUCGAGCCAACCAGGGCCAUUCAGUGCAGGUGAGGGAUUUGGAGCUGAAACCGGUCCUGACUGGUUCUUCAGACUAUCCAGCUGAGGCCAUUCAUGGCUCCUACCUCAGCAAAUGGAGCUCUAUCCAGCAGCAGGGUCUGAGCCGCAUGAAGAGGAUGCACAUCCACCUGGCAUCAGGACUCCCAGGGGAGGAUGGCGUCAUGUCAGGAAUGAGAAGUGACUGUGAUCUUGCCGUGUUCAUCAACGUCACAAAGGCUCUGGCUGAUGGUAUUGAGUUCUUCUGGUCAGAAAACGGUGUGUUGCUGACUGCAGGUGACGCAGAGGGAAAACUUCUCCCAAAAUACUUUAGCCGAGCCUUAAGACUGAGACCCACACGGAGCAUCCUGCCACUGCAGUAGAAGCAGCCUGCGUCACCUGUGUGUAACCUGGGGGACACACACCUCUCCCCUGCCACUUUCUCCCUCCUGCCCCACCCUGAGCAGUGAGCAGCCGCUGAAGGGGUAAAAACUGUGGCCUCAUGUCAGGCGUCCUGGAAGACUGCUCCAACCAAGACUGCCAGUGGGAGGAACCAAUGUUUUGAUUGAUUGAGUUAGGUGGGUUUAAAACAAUGGUGAUGAUACUGUAGUGCGUGAUGAUUUAAAGCAGACAGCCAGUGUCAUUUCUACUAAUAUUUGUUAGAACAGCAAAAUACGAGAUGACAAUAACAAAAUAAACUUCCACUUUCAUCUGAAGGAAAGAACAUAUAGAAGGACAUAAAGAAAAUAUUUUUUUCUCUUACAACUAAUUCAAUAAUAUAUAUUAAAUUAUUAUAUAUAUAUUUAAAAAUUGAGAGUUAGUUGAGACUCUCCUUUACAUCUGUACAGUAAAUAAAAAGCAGCUGCUUAGUUUAACGACAGGUUUCUGCUGUCAGCCUGGUUCUGUCAAUAUUUAGGUAACAAAUCCUCCCAGCACCUUCAAAUAUCACCACUUAACAUGUUAUAUUGUUUGUUAUUUUAUACCAUGUAAUAUCACACCACAACUUCCCAGUUGUUCCCGUCUGUUUCCAGCGAACAUGCUGAAUCACCUCUGCAAUAUUUGAACUGAAACUGUGAUAACAAUCUGGAAAAUAAAUAAAAUAAAAGUGCUGUAGGAAAAGA